GCUGGCGGCUCGGAGCGCAAAUAGAAGCGGAUGUAGUGGUCAAAGUUACGUAAACGCCAUUGCAGCAGCCUUGGGAAUCUGAAAUGCAGUAGCUAGCUAGCCACUGCUAUUGCGUUUCAGCAACCUACAAGCGUCAGGUUUUGGCGUAACUUACGUGUUAAAGGUAGCGCUGUAAAUUGCUGUACGAAGGAAUCGGGCACCCCUGAAUUCAGACGUGGCGCCCGGUCUGAACACCGAGGCUCCUGAACAGCCCUGUCUUGCCCGCUUCAAAAUUUGUCAAGCAACGGUAGCGAUUUCUGCCGCAUCUAUUUUCUGCAGACGCUGAGGGGACCAUGUGGAAGAAGGCUGUUGUAGCUGCCGUCCUGGCUCUGACAGUUGGGUACUUCUACCAGACGGACCCUGAGCUGCCAGAACGCCUGAUGCAGUACCUCUCCCAGUCCUCCCCCUCUCUUGAAGGUAUCCCCACUGGCACACCCACCAUAGAGCGGAUAAUCUCCAGUGCCUGGGAGACCUUGAUCUCUGCCCCUGCCCGCCAGUGGAGUCGCGUGGCUGUAGGGGUCAACGCCUGCGUGGAUGUGGUGGUCUCGGGGGUGGGGCUGCUCCAGGCCCUGGCUGUCGAUCCUGGGCAGGGCAGUGACCAUGAAGUGCUCCACUCCAAAGAGGAUCUGAAGGAGGCCUUCACAUACUACAUGGAGAAGGGGGCGGCCGCGGAGCGCUUCUUCAGCGACGGCGAAGCCUUUCAGAGGAUCGCACGAGCUGCUGCGGAGUACCCUGGGGCUCAGCUGUAUGUGGGUGGAAACGCAGCUCUGAUUGGACAAAAACUGGCUACCUAUCCUCAGCUGAUGGUGCUGCUGUGUGGCCCCGUGGGCCCCAGGCUCCACGAGAUGCUGGAUGACCAGAUCGUCGUCCCCCCUCAGUCUCUGCAGGAGACAGACGAGUUCCAUCUCAUCCUGGAGUACAAAGCAGGGGAGCAGUGGGGUCCCACGCGGGCGCCCCAAGCCAACCGCUUCAUCUUCUCCCACGAUGUGGCGAACGGGGAGAUGAGCACGCUGGAGACCUUCGUGGCCAGCCUGGAGGAGUUCCAGCCAGACCUGGUGGUGCUGUCCGGGCUGCACAUGAUGGAGGGCCAGGGCAGGGAGCUGUGGGAGGAGAGGCUGAAGGAGGCUGUGGUGGCCAUCUCUGACGUCCGCAACCAGGUCCCCAUCCACCUGGAGCUGGCCAGCAUGACUGACAAGGACUACAUGAACCGCAUUAUGCAGGAGCAGGUCAUUCCCAUGGUGAACUCCAUCGGGCUGAACGAGCAGGAGCUUCUCUUCCUGUCCCAGGCCGGUGAGGGCCCCCACUCUGAGCUGGCGUCCUGGGACGGCAUGCCGGACGUGGGCCGGGUCAGCGACAUCCUCCUGUGGGUCCUGGAGCGGCACGGGCGUACCGAUCCAGAAUCCGAGGCCGACCUCACCCGCAUCCACUUCCACACCCUGGCCUACCACAUCCUGGCCACGGUGGACGGUUACUGGGGCAACCAGGUGGCCGCCGUGGCGGCGGGGGCGCGCGUGGCCGGCAGCCAGGCCUGUGGGCUCGAGAGCAUCGACGCCACCAAGGUCACCCUCCGGGCACCCAGAAACUUCCACAGCUCCUACUCAGAACCCAGAGAGAGCCUGACUCUCGACCCCGCCAUGCCAGUCACUGUCUAUCACCGGGGCAACGUCACCUUCUACAUGACACCCGUGCUAGUCUGCAAACAGCCGCUAAGGACAGUAGGCCUGGGCGAUGCCAUCUCAGCAGAGGGACUCCUGUACUCUGAGAUCCUGCAGCAGCAGCAGUAGCAGACACUGUUGGUCCCCAAUACAACUACUCUGUUCAGCAAUGUGCAAUGGAGUGUGGAAUGCCUGUGACACCCUGAUUGUUUUUCUUUUUGGUAAUUUGUCCGUCACACUGUAGGUGGCAGUGUUUUGUAUAACGGACAGGCCCCAAUAACCCAAGGCACAUUCUGGCAGCCAUUUGUUUCCACACUCCAAGGAGUUUUUGUACUGUUUACCUCUCAUAAUGAUUUGAAAAUAAUCCAAAUGAUGUGAAAUAAUCCAAUUAGCCUUGUGUAAACAGUUUGGGGGGGGGCAAGGAAAAUAUUGCGUACAGAACAUGAAUGCCUUCACUGGCCUCCAUCUCCACUCAAAGACCAGUUUGGUACGGGUAUGAACGUAAUAAUCAAGUUUGACUCUUCAUUACUGGUGGGCGCCCUGUGGAGAUUUGGUCUCUUUCCCACCCUGCUGCUCAAUAGGCACAUUGGCGAGGCUUGAGAAUGAUCAUGUUAACCUAACGCAAAAGGGCAUGCUGGAGCAGAUCCAUACCCACCUGGCCUUGACUUACCAUCUCACCGAUGAUAAACUGGAACAUUUUUUUAAGUGCUGUUUUUGGUAUGUGCGCUGCAGAUGCUUCAUAUUCUCAGACAACAAUGUGUCUUUGAAGUUCUUCAACGUUGAUGAAAAGCAGUGUACAGAAAGCAUCUGCCGAUAGUCUUAUCAAAUGAAUCCUGCUUAUUACUCCUAAUUCCACAAAAAGUCUUAACUGAACAUGGAGUAGCACAUACAUUAAAUGACUAUUCAGAUUUCUUUCCCGCCAAACUAUUAAGCCUUCUUGCACAAGAUGGGGUGGCCAGAUCACAUCUAUUCUCAGAACGUGUUAUCUACCACAGCUCUAAGUGAAAUAUUUAUGCACUUCCACCCCUGCCAGUGUAUUACACUAGGAGUUGAUUAUUGGAUUCUUGGCCUUUAUUAUGGCGUUACUACUUAAACAUGUCAUUGACUCCAUUUAAACUUCUGCUUAUAUUGAACUGAAGUAGGCAUAAUUCUGUUCAUGUUGUUUGUUACGUUUGAUUUUGCGGAAAGUGCGACCCGAAGAUCAAAAAUGAAAUUGGUCUUCCAGAUUUGCAUACUUGAACGGGAUCAUUUAUUCAUCCUGAACUGUAUUAUCCUGUUUUUCUCUUCAGUGGGCAUCUAACUUCUUAUGUAAAAAAUGAGAUUUUUUUUUCAGGGAUUAUGUUUUCAUCAAAUCGUGCUGUUUUUGUGUUUGUGGUCUACAACAUUGGUCCAGGAAUGCUGAUGGCCUGUAAUGACAAUUUGAUCAGUUACCUGACUACAUUAAUCCAGGAACCAGCAUUGGUAAAGCACUCGCACAUCCUGGCACUAUUGGACCAAUGUGUGCCCCCCUGUGGUCUGUACUGUGUUCAGUUUCUUACCGCCUGUCACAAGAUGUCUGCCUAAAAUUCAGAUUAAUUCUCAUACUAUCUGCUGAUCAGACUGAAAGAGGUACUGUCGGACUGUGAAGUGGUCCUCCUAACAGCCGGGGGCAGCUUCCCCAAGUAGAGUAGAGUACAGCAGAGCUGAGUGGCAAAAGAUGACCCUUACUGCCUCAAGUCACACCUGUCAUCUAAAAGUGUUUUUAGGAGCUCCUCCAAAUCCAUUUGUCUUAAUUGAGGGGCCUAAUUUAAGAGCUGACUAUAUUAGCUCUCCGUAAAAUUAAACGCUUUGUCUUAUUUGUAACAUAUCUUGCGUAACAGUGAAUACUUGAUAUUCAUGGGCACAGCAGGUCUACCUGGACAGUCUAGAUGUUCCCGGGGGUUGAAAACUGGCACCAGCUCUACUUGUAAAUAUUUGUAGAUCAAUCUUUUGCUUUUUGUUUUUUAAUCUUUAUUUUCUAUAUCCUGAAAUUGACAUAUGGCAUUACUAUUAUUUGAAUACGUGGCUUGGGCAUCAAACAUAACAUUUUGAGUCAUUAUCGAAAUGAAAUUUUCCUGGUACUUUUCAGACUAAUCUCAUUCAUGAAUAAAUCCAAAUAUAUAGUGUUAUUUUUUAAAAUUAUAAGAAUAUUUUUGACAUGAAUCACUUUAGCGAAUUGCUGUACAAUGAGUCUACAUGGUAUAAAUUGCACCUUCCAAAACUUCAAAUGGCUCUUUGAAAAGGGACUAUUCUGGAUAAAAUAAAAUGUGUGUAUUGUUUAUUAUACAUUUUAAACUGUAAUUGCAGUAAAAUGCAUUAAUACAUGAAUGUAUAUGUUAAGAGUAUAAUUUGGUUUAGAGGUUUUGCUGCUCAUUAAAAUAAUUUUUCAGCACUACCACCAGCACAAGCUUGUCAUCCUAUUGUCAGAACAGUUCCUUCUGAUACAUGGGUAAAUACUAUAUGCAUACGUAUGCAUUCAUACAAAUGUCUUAUUUCCCCUCAAAGUAUAAUCCUUGCUGAUGGUUACUGACAUGUACAGUUUUCCCCUUUGAUUAGUAUCUCUGCUAGAAAUUUAGCAUGAUGUGUCAUAGAGAUUAGUAAUAAAAAUAAAAUAUUUAAAUCUAUCUAUAUAAA